AAAAUUUUGUAAACAAAACACGGAAGCCGCCUCGAGGAAGCAGAAAAACAGGAAAAUAGCAGAAAAAUGGCUUCGGGAAAACGUAAAGCUGAUGCCCAGAUCCCCAUGGAGGAGAGUGAUGUCCUUUCAAUUCGUCCUUUGGGUGCGGGACAAGAAGUCGGUCGAAGUUGCAUUAUGUUAGAGUUUAAAGGCAAGAAAAUCAUGCUCGAUUGCGGAAUUCAUCCCGGAUUAUCAGGUCUCGAUGCGUUACCUUUCGUGGAUUUGAUUGAAGCUGACGAAAUUGACUUACUUUUCAUCUCACAUUUCCAUUUGGAUCAUUGCGGAGCACUUCCGUGGUUUCUUCAGAAGACCAGUUUCAAAGGACGAUGUUUUAUGACGCACGCUACCAAGGCAAUUUAUCGCUGGAUGUUGUCGGAUUACAUCAAAGUCUCGAAUAUCUCGACGGAACAAAUGCUUUAUACGGAACAAGAUCUCGAAGCGAGCAUGGAAAAGAUCGAAACCAUCAAUUUUCAUGAGGAACGUGACGUUAUGGGGGUUCGUUUUUGGGCUUACAACGCCGGACAUGUACUUGGAGCAGCAAUGUUCAUGAUAGAAAUUGCUGGCGUCAAAAUUUUGUACACUGGAGACUUUUCGCGGCAAGAAGAUCGACAUUUAAUGGCAGCUGAAAUCCCUCUGAUGAAGCCAGAUGUGCUUAUAACGGAAUCUACGUACGGGACGCACAUCCAUGAGAAGCGGGAGGAUCGUGAAACGCGGUUUACGAGUUUAGUUCAGAAAAUUGUGCAACAAGGAGGGCGAUGUUUGAUCCCGGUGUUCGCUUUGGGACGUGCACAGGAACUUUUAUUGAUUUUAGACGAGUAUUGGAGUCAAAAUCCCGAGUUGCAAGACAUCCCCAUCUAUUAUGCGUCGUCGCUGGCGAAGAAAUGCAUGGCUGUGUACCAAACUUACAUCAAUGCCAUGAACGAUAAAAUCCGGAGACAAAUCGCCGUUAACAAUCCCUUCGUUUUUCGACACAUUUCCAACCUCAAGGGCAUCGAUCACUUUGACGACAUCGGUCCUUGUGUCAUUAUGGCGUCUCCCGGUAUGAUGCAAAGUGGUUUAUCCCGUGAAUUGUUCGAAAAUUGGUGUACCGACUCGAAAAACGGCGUAAUUAUUGCCGGUUACUGCGUCGAAGGGACACUUGCGAAGACAAUUUUAUCCGAACCUGAAGAAGUUACGAGCAUGAGUGGACAAAAACUCCCCUUGAACAUGUCUGUGGACUACAUUUCCUUCAGCGCGCACACGGAUUACCAACAAACAAGCGAAUUUAUUCGGAUUUUAGCACCGCAACACGUCGUUUUAGUGCAUGGCGAACAAAACGAGAUGGGUCGUCUGAAGUCUGCGUUGAUCCGUGAGUACGAAAGUGAUCCAAAUGCCAAUAUUAAAUUCUACAAUCCAAGAAAUACUCACACUGUGGAGCUUUAUUUCAAGGGAGAAAAGACCGCCAAGGUCAUGGGAUCACUGGCAGUGACGAAACCCGAAGAGAAACAAGUCAUUUCCGGAGUUCUCGUGAAACGCGACUUCAAAUAUCACAUUUUAGCGCCCUCGGAUCUCUCGAAAUACACUGACAUGAGUAUGUCUGUUGUCACACAAAGGCAAAGUUUGCGCUUUAAUGGCUCCCCGAGCUCUUUGAAAGUUUUGUUGGAUCGCGUUGGAGGUCCCGGCACCGUCGAAAUAAUCGAAGUUGACAAGAAAUUUAAAAUUUUUGGAGCAAUCGACUUGGAAUUCGACGAAAAAAUGGUGAUACUUGAAUGGCAAGCCACCCCUGUGAAUGACAUGUAUGCGGAUUCAGUAUUGGCUUCCAUCCUACAAGCAGAGUUAACGGGAAAUAAAAUACGAACGACAUCCGCUUUGAAGCCAGAUCGGUCUCAUUUCAGGGAUUGUUUGGUAGAAACGUUGCAGGAAAUGUACGGCGAGGACAUAAUUCCGAAGGAUUAUGAAGGAGAUGACCUGAAAAUCAACGUGAACGAGUACAAAAUUGAAAUUGAUGCGAAAAAACGGACGGUUUCUUGUCCGGAAAACGAACAAUUGGAACACAAGAUCAAAAGUACCAUGGAAAAAUUAUAUCAAGCACUUGGUUAAGUGCUUUGGGUUUCAGAUCCAGCUCACUUUGCGUUCCAUUUAAGCGUUUUUACGUUAUUUUUUAAGUUUUUUUAAAUAAUAAAUAUUAAUUAAAUACUAAAUCUUACAAGUCCAAAUGAAAAUCAAAAAUUAAGUCCAAAAUUUUUGAAAAUAAAAUGGGGGCAAAAUAAAAAAAAAGUUUUGAAAUACUAUUUUCAUACAAAAUGACAAAGU